GGUUACUGGGAGGUGUCCUUGGUGAGUCUGCCGUCGUCCGACCAAUCAGGUUCGUUUCCUUGAACCCUCUGUUCGUUAGGUGGUGGAAUCUGCUGUGCAAAGACAAACACAUGGGAAAUUAUUGAUCAGGUUUGUGGGAAUUUAUGGAAACAUGUCAAAGAAAAGGGGCAGGAAGCGCAGCAGCGGAGAGUUGAGUGAGAGCUCAGCAUCAACCCUAAGCCCAGACCCUGACAACCUGCUGGGUCGCAGGAUUCAGCACACAUGGAGGGAGAAAGGAAAUGUGACCAAGUGGAAAGGCACAGUUCUGGAGCGCCUCACUGUGAACAGUUCCCUGUAUAUGGUGAAAUAUGAUGGCUUUGAUUGUGUCUAUGGCAUCGAACUAUUCAAAGACAACCGGGUGUCCAACCUGCAGGUCCUGGCAGAGAAAGUUGUGAACAAUAAAAUCAAGGUGCCUCCUGGAGCAGAGGAGCUAGUGGGUCGAGCUGUGGAACAUUUGUUUGAGAAGGAGGACGGUGAGAAAAAUGAGUGGCGAGGUAUGGUGCUCUCCCGAGCCCCCAUCAUGACCCACUGGUAUUACAUCACCUACGAGAAGGACCCAGUGCUGUAUAUGUACCAGCUGUGGGACGACUAUAAGGACGGAGAUCUACGUGUCCUGCCUGAGACAGAGAAUAAACACCUGCUGCCAGCAGACAGGAAGCCUGGUGAGGAACCAGAAAGCCUUGUGGGUAAACAGGUAGAGUACGUCACAGAUAACGGGUUGAAGAGAACAGGUUUGGUCAUCUACCAGGUUCCAGCUAAACCCACUGUAUACUACAUCAAAUACGAUGACGACGUUCACAUCCACGUGUACGACCUGGUGAAGACCACUUAAUACUGACUGCUUGGGAACAUCUUCAGCUGACGACAACUCUACUCCAGCGGUUGUCACCCGUUAUAGUGUUAUACAUUUCUGUUUUACUCCAGCAGGAGGCGUUGUGCCGAAGAUUGACAGCACCCAGGUCCUGUUAGGUCCUGUUUCUGUUUCAUUGGCCUGCAGAGGGUAUGUUUUUGUUGUUUAUUUUAAACUUUCACAUCGUAACAUUUUGUUUUUUGAUUCUCAGUUCUGUGUUGACCUUUAUGUAUGACUGUUAGGUCUUCUGAAAUGUAAAUAAAAGGGGUCUUGGACCAGUUGUAUAGCCCAGCAGAUAACAUGGAGCCAAACAGGUUUUUUUUUCUGCUUUAAAUGUCACUUGUACAUUGUAAUUUUCAUGACUAUAAAUCAUACUUAUUGCAAUUAAUACAUCAAAGAAAAAUCAGAUUUUCUUAGCUACACCUCUAUGUUUUGUUACUUGCAUUUAAUUUCACUGUCAUGACUGUGCUAUUUAUUUCAUCUGGAUUAUCUGGUUGUGCUGCUGGUAAUUCAAACAUUCUCGCUAAAUUUGUGUAUGCUGUGCUUUCUGUGUUUCAUUGGCUAAGCCUCAGUUUGUUGAAUAUAGAAAUCAUCAUUUCGCCAAUGUGCUAAUUUUUUCUACCACCAAAGUGAACUCCAGAUUUCAGUUGAAUUGUAUAAGCAUCAAUGGGAUAACUGUGACCCACAUAGUGGAUGUUGAACACAGAUGAUUUUAAUACAUCAUGUAUCAUUUCUCUUUUUCCCUACAUGUAAACUGCAAGUUUUCUACAUUAUACAAUACGAUGUUGAAAUCAA